AUGAAGGCACUGUUCAAGUCCAAGCGCAAAACCCCCGCCGAUUUGGUGCGGCAGACGCACGAUCUCCUCCUCUUCGUGGAUCGCGGUGGCGCGGAUGUCAAGGAGAGCAAGCGUGAGGAGAAGAUGAUGAAGUUGGGGAAACGUAUCCAACAAUUGAGACAAAUUCUUUAUGGAGACAGUCAAUCCGAACCGCUUUCAGAUGCUUGUGUGCAGUUAACACAAGAGUUUUUCAGAGAGGAUACCCUUCGUCUGCUUAUUGAAUGUCUUCCCAAGUUGAACUUAGAGACCCGUAAGGAUGCUACCCAGAUUGUAGCGAAUCUGCAGAGGCAACAAGUUCAAUGUAGGCUGAUUGCUUGUGAUUACUUGGAAAAGAAUUUGGACCUCAUGGAUGUUCUCAUAGCAGGUUAUGUGAACACUGAUUUGGCAUUACAUUAUGGUGCAAUGUUGAGAGAAUGCAUACGUCAUCAAAGUAUAGCA